AUGUAUUUAGCACAAUCUUUAAAUAGUCUAGGACCAAACCCCGAUUGCAAAGAACACGAAGACAUAAACGCUCAAAUCCAACAAGGUUCCUACAGCUACACAGCUCCAAAAAGUGAGAUCAUUACCGUAAACUACAUCGUCGACGAAACCGGCUUUCACCCAACUGGUGACCAUUUGCCAACCCCACCACCAGUGAGCGCUAAAGUGCAAAAGGGAUUGGACUUGAUCUACGCUGAAAUCAAAGCCCAACAAGUAAUAAACUAG